AUGGGGACUGCGGGGCGGCGGGUGCUGCGGGUUGGGCUGGUGCUGGGGGCGCUGGUGCUGGUGCUUCAGGGGCUGCGCGGCUGGCUGGCCUCCAAACGGUACGAGUUCACCCCCGCCGAGAUCGCCCAGCUCGCCCGGCACCACGCGGGGCUGGACCAUGAACUGGCUUUCUCCAAGAUCAUCGUGGAGCUACGGAAGAAGCAUCCAGGCCACAUCCUGCCAGACGAGGACCUGCAGUGGGUGUUUGUGAACGCAGGCGGGUGGAUGGGCUCCAUGUGCCUUCUGCAUGCCUCGCUCACAGAAUACGUGCUGCUCUUUGGGACAGCUGUUGACACUGGGGGCCACUCAGGUCGAUACUGGGCAGAUAUCUCUGACACCAUUAUCUCCGGGACCUUCCGGCAGUGGAAAGAAGGGACCACCAGAAGUGAGAUCUACUACCCAGGAGACACCAUUGUGCACCAAGCAGGGGAGGCCACAUCGGUGCAGUGGAGCGCAGGCACCUGGAUGGUAGAGUACGGUCGAGGCUUCAUCCCUUCUACGCUCACCUUCGCCCUGGCUGACACCUUCUUCAGCACUCAGGACUUCGUCACCCUCUUCUACACCCUGCGUGUCUAUGCCAAGGGCUUGCUCUUGGAAGCCAACGCCUUCUUCAGCACCUGGGGCUGCUGAGCCC